CAGGGAAAUUGGUUCUGCUUCAACUUGCAAGGAAAUUAACUAAAUGAACUACCAAACAUUACUUUAUUCAGCUCAGUGUUGUGUGAAAGUAUUAACAUCUGGUUUCGGCAAAUCGUUCCAGUCAUCCCGUUGAAUUUGUUAUUAUCUCUGUUGUUUGAAGGACAACUCACAUCGAAAGUUGCGUUUAAAGAAAAUUCCAGCUAACCAUGGCCGGUGACAAAAAGCGUCGCUCGCGGUCCCGUGAAAGAAUCGAUCUGGAACGGGAUCGUGGCCGUGACCGCUACCGGGAACGGGAGUACGAGCGAGAACGCGAUCGGGAUAUUCGCGACAGAGAAACGUAUCGUGAGAAGGAGCGCGAAAGGGAACGAGAGCGAGAUCGGGAUCGGGACCGAGAUCGUAUGCAUGUUGGUUUUGGUUCUGACAGGAAGAGGUCUCGCUCCAGGGAGCGGGAUCGCGAGGAGAAGAAACGGAAGGAGGAAAAGGACAAGAAGGACGAUGAUGUUGAGGAAGUAAAAGCUGAGUUGGGGAAGAAAGCGGAAAAGGCCAAAAAGGAACCGCUUUCAUUGGAAGAAUUGUUGGCCAAAAAGAAAGCGGAAGAAGAUGCAAGGAGUAAGCCGGUGUUUAUAACGAAGGAGCAAAGAGCGGCGGAAGCGCUAAAGAGAAGACAGGAGGAAGUAGCUGCAAUGAGAGCAGCUGCUUCGGGUGGAGUUCCCAAGUUUGGAGAUGUCCCAGUUACGACGCUGUUGAAUAGAGAAAAGAAGGAUCCCCUGGAAAAAUACGAUCGAAGGGAAAGGGAAAGGGAGAGGGAGAGGGAGAGAGAACGUGAACGGGAAAGAGGAAGAGACAGGGAACGGGAGAGGGAUGGCAAGGAAAAGGAUGAUGAUAAACGGCGUUCUACAACCACCGAAGACACCACCGUUAAGGAUAAAGAAAAGGAACAGGAAGCGAUCCGAGAGAGAUAUCUGGGAAUCAUUAAGAAGAAGAGAAGGGUGAGGAGGCUGAACGAUAGGAAAUUCGUGUUUGAUUGGGAUGCUGCCGAGGACACUUCCAUAGAUUAUAACAAUUUGUACAAAGAACGCCAUCAUGUGCAGUUCUUCGGCCGGGGUAACAUUGCCGGAAUUGACAUCAAAGACCAGAAGCGGAAGCAAAGCAAGUUCUACGGAGAUCUUUUGGAAAAACGUCGGACAGAUGCCGAGAAGGAGCAGGAGAAGGUUCGUUUGAAGAAGGUCAAGAAGAAGGAAGACAAGCAGAAAUGGGACGAUCGCCAUUGGUCCGAGAAGGAUUGCGACGAGUUGACCGAGCGUGAUUGGCGUAUCUUCCGGGAAGAUUAUAACAUCACAAUUAAGGGAGGCAAAAUUCCCAAUCCUUUCAGAAACUGGAGCGAAACAGGUUUUGCAAAGGAGAUUUUGGAGAUCAUUGACAAAGUUGGCUAUAAGGAGCCCACGCCCAUUCAGAGACAGGCCAUUCCGAUUGGUCUUCAAAAUAGGGACAUUAUCGGUAUUGCUGAAACUGGUUCCGGUAAGACACUGGCCUUCUUGAUCCCAUUGCUGUCCUGGAUUCAAUCGCUUCCGAAAAUUGAUCGAUUAGAAACGGCUGACCAAGGCCCGUAUGCAAUCAUUAUGGCUCCAACGCGAGAAUUGGCUCAACAAAUCGAAGAGGAGACUCAGAAGUUUGGUCAACCUUUGGGCAUCCGCACGGUCGUCGUCGUUGGUGGUUUGUCCCGAGAAGAGCAAGGCUUCCGACUUCGACUUGGUUGCGAGAUUGUCAUUGCAACUCCCGGUCGUUUGAUCGACGUCUUGGAGAAUCGUUACUUGGUCUUGAAUCAGUGUACGUACAUCGUUUUGGAUGAAGCUGAUCGUAUGAUUGACAUGGGUUUCGAACCGGACGUCCAGAAGAUUCUGGAGUACAUGCCCGUGACUAACCUGAAACCGGACACCGAAGAAGCCGAGGAUGCUUCCAAGCUGAUGGAAAACUUCAACACCAAGAAAAAGUAUCGCCAAACUGUCAUGUUCACUGCUACUAUGCCUCCAGCGGUAGAACGGCUGGCUCGAACCUAUCUUCGGCGUCCGGCAACAGUGUACAUCGGUUCCGUUGGUAAACCUACCGAGCGAACCGAACAGAUCGUGCACAUUAUGGGUGAAAACGAGAAGCGCAAGAAGCUCAUGGAAAUCCUGUCCCGUGGAGUGGAACCUCCGUGCAUCAUCUUCGUCAACCAGAAGAAGGGAGCGGACGUGCUGGCCAAAGGUCUGGAAAAACUCGGUUACAAUGCCUGUACGCUGCACGGUGGCAAAGGUCAAGAACAGCGAGAGUACGCCCUCGCUUCGCUCAAAAAUGGAUCCAAGGAUAUUCUGGUGGCCACGGACGUUGCUGGUCGUGGUAUCGAUAUCAAGGAUGUAUCGCUGGUCAUCAACUACGACAUGGCCAAGUCCAUCGAGGAUUACACCCAUCGUAUUGGUCGUACUGGUCGUGCCGGAAAGACGGGUUGUGCUAUUUCGUUCUGCACCAAGGAUGACAGUCACUUGUUCUACGACUUGAAGCUGAUCGUUGCCGCCAGUCCGGUGUCGGUGUGCCCACCGGAACUGAUGAAUCACCCGGAUGCGCAGCAUAAGCCGGGAACGGUGGUUACUAAGAAGAGAAGGGAGGAGAAGAUUUUCGCCUAGAGGGUAAGUUGGAUUUGAUUGAUUUGUAGGAUAGCUUAAGAUUCCUUCCUAAUAAAAUGA